GUUCCGAUAAUGGGCACAUAGGGAAGCGGUAGCAAAGAUUCCGAUGCAGGUUUGUGAACACGCCCGCAGGCCCAAAUCCGGAGACAUGGCAAGCGCGCCCCCCGCCGCGCCGCCCCGCCGCGUGGUGGUCUGCGGCGGUGGCGUUGUCGGCGCUUGCACGGCGUAUUUCCUCUCCACCCACCCCGCCUUCCCCACCGUGCCGACGCUUGUCGAGAAGUCCUCCCCCGCUUGCGCUGCCUCAGGCAAGGCGGGCGGCUUCCUGGCCCUCGACUGGAGCGACUCCAACCCCGCACUCUCGGCGCUGGCGCGCGCAUCCUUCGGCCUCCACCACCGCCUCGCUGCUGCCCUCGACGGCGCCAACGCGUACGGUUUCCGCCCUGUCCACACCCUCUCCAUCUGCCUCCCCUCUCAGCCGGAGGAGCCCCUCUCACCGCACCCACUCCUCCCUUCCUGGGUCGACCCCUCUGCCUCCGCCGCGCCACCACGCCAGCUCGGAACUCCGGACACCACCGCGCAGGUCCAUCCGGGCCUCUUCACCAAGGCCGUCCUCGCCGCGUCCGGCGCCGAGGUGGUCAUCGGCGAGGUGGAGCGCGUGGUGGUCCGCCAAGGGGAAGGGCGUGUGGUCGGCGUUGCGGUGAAAGGGCGCGGUGUGGUGGACGCGGAUGCCGUGGUGCUCGCCCUCGGCCCUUGGUCUGGGCGUUUCGAGAUGGUCAAAGAGGUGUUGGACGUGUCCGGGCUCAAGGCGCACAGCAUCGUGCUCCGGCCGCGCAACCCCGACAAGAUAACACCGCACUGCCUGUUCCUGAGCUACCAGCCGGAGCCCGGCGCCAAGAUGCUCGACCCGGAGGUCUACCCGCGCCCCACGGGGGAGGUGUACAUCUGCGGAAUGAGCAAGGACGAGCAAGUUCCAGAUGAUCCGGCAACGAUUGCCGGGGAGCCUGACUCCAUUGCAAUGCUUCAUAAGAUUGCUGGGAGGGUGUCCAGCCAGCUCAAGACAGAGGAGGGCGCAGAGGUAGUCGCGGAACAGGCCUGCUACCUCCCGUGCACCGAUGACGGGCUGCCGGUCAUUGGGGAAAUGCCCGGGGUGAAGGGAUGCUACGUUGCAACCGGGCACAGCUGCUGGGGGAUCCUCAAUGCUCCAGUUACCGGUGCAGCACUCGCCGAGCUCAUCCUCGAUGGGCAGGCCAAGAUCGUUGAUCUUGCGCCCUUCAGCCCGGCAAGAUUUCUCAACAACAAGAAGAGCAGGCGCGGAGUGUAAUGUGAUCCGAGGUUCCUGCCAAACUUGGCAACCGAAUAAAAAGAUACUCCUACGUAUCCUCGCUUGUAACCUGUCCGAGGAGGGGACACCAAAUCAAAUAAUGUACGGAUAAAUAAACCUACACCAAAUCAAAUAAUGUACGGAUAAAUAAACCUUCAACACUUACUGUCGAGUGUUGUAGAGAUGGAUAGAUCCUGUUUUAUCUGAUGAUGUGUGUUCUAUUC